AUGGCUUCCGAGUUGACAUCAACCACUGACACAGCACAAGACAUCAACAUGUGUAGUACCAUUGAUGGCAGCUUUUUGCAAGGUACAGGUUCUGACUCGAUGGAUUUUAGUCAAAGACGAGGGGUGAGCUCCUUUUCCGGUCCACAUGAGGACUCGAGUUCCAGCAGUAAUGAUGCAGGAGCAUCUAAGAAAUUCAAACGCAGUAAGGAAGAUAAGAUGUGCCUGGUGUGUGGGGAUAAGGCUCUGGGGUACAACUUCAAUGCCAUUACCUGUGAAUCUUGUAAAGCUUUCUUCAGAAGAAAUGCCUUAAAAUCAGAUCAGCCAAAAUGUCUUUUUCAAAAUGACUGCCUGAUUGAUGUGCGCACUCGCCGGUUCUGCCCCCACUGUCGGCUGAGGAGAUGUUUUGAAGUGGGGAUGAAGAAGGAGAUGAUUCUGGACGAGACGGAAAGAAAGGCCCGAAUGCAGAAGGUAGCUAUGAACAGACAAAUGAAACAGAAACCUUCAACCGCAGUGGAGGUAAUUAUUAAAAAUGAGCCAAGCAGUAUUGAGAGUGAGGCCACAAGUUCCAUGCCAGAUACACAAAGUGUUGGAGAUGAAAGGAAUUCCACAGCAUAUCCAACCAUUGCCUUUGGAUGCUCUGUGCCGUUAACUUUACCAGUGUUGUCUUCAGACUCGGUGCCCAAGGAUCCAAGAAUGUAUCGCAUGUUAAGUCCGGAAGAGAAAAUGCAGGUGGAGGAAUUAUCUGUGGCGUAUUUAGAAACUUUAGGGGGCUAUGCGAACGAAACUCAUGUCAACAAUGAAGAAAGUUACUCCAGCGCUGAUGAAUUGGUUAACAAUUCCGAAAUCGCUGUUCGCAGACUCAUCAAAUUUGUGAAAAAAAUUGCUCAAUUCAGAGGCAUGAGUCAGGAGAAUCAAGUCGCCUGCCUUAAAUCCUGUGUCCUGAACGCCUUGCUGUUACGAUCUGUUAAUUUUUACGACGCAGAAAAUGAUGCCUGGAAAACUCCAACCGGGAGCAUUCCCACUAGUGUGUUAAAGCAUGCAACAGGGUUUAACGAUCUCCAUGAUGCUCACACAUCUUAUUGCGCAGGGCUGAAAAAACUGACGAGGGACGAUAGCAAUAUCAUGGCUCUGAUACAAACAAUUACUGUCUUUAAUCCUGACGGACAGAACUUAGAAAACAGGCAGAUUAUAUCCGAUAUUCAGGAGCAUUUUAUUCUGCUUCUUCGACAUUAUCUAGAGUCGGAUGUUUCUUUCAUGCACUCUCAGGUGUUUUUUUCAAACAUUUUACAGAAGAUAUCGGAACUGAAAGGCCUCGGGGAGGACCAUGCCCGGAUUCUGUUACAAAUCAACUCCAACAAAAUCGAGCCCCUUAUGUUAGAGGUUUUGAACCUUCAAUAAAACUCACAAAAAUUAAGGAUUUUUAUUAAUAAUUAAGGGAAAAAAAGAUGUUUAUAAAAAGAUUUAACAGAGCAUUCCAAGAUAGGUUUAAAAAUGGCAGCUUUUGAGUUUUAUUGAAAAGGAUAUUCAUGUAUCCAGAUUUUCUCAAUGAUACUAAUACAUAUAUAUUUAUUACAUUACAUAUACAACUCUUAUUUCAGUGAGUAAUGUUUCUACAAGG